AUGCCCGAGUUCGUGCCACCGAAUGUCCGGUUUGAGAUCGACGAUCUGGACGAGGAGUGGACGUACUCGCAGCCGUUCGACUACAUUCACACCCGUGGUAUGAAUUCUUGUAUUGCGGAUUGGAGAGUCUUCCUUACGAAGGUUUUUGACAACCUGACGCCUGGUGGUUACUUCGAAUUGCAGGAACUCGAAGUGUUUCCUCGUUCCGACGACGGCACUCUCACUCCAGAAUGCCAACUUUCACAGUGUAUGAAAUACGUGCACGAAGCGUUCGAAAUAUUCGGACGUUCAUUUCAGCAAAUCCCAGACCUUGUCAGAGUCAUGGAGGAUGUCGGCUUCGUCGACGUCAAGAUGAGCUUGUUCAAAUGGCCAUCGAAUACGUGGCCGAAAGACCCUAAGUACAAAGAACUAGGUGAUUGGAACAAUGAAAACAUCAACAAUGGUUUUGUGGCAAUCACCAUGGCGCCGUUUACCAGGGCUCUCGGGUGGACGAAAGAGGAGGUACAUGUCUUCCUGCCUGGCGUCCGCAAAGAUUUGAACGACAAGUCCAUCCAUGCGUACUGGCCCGUGUAA